CGAGCCCGUCAUCCGCUUAUCGGCAGCCAUCGGUUUGUUUUCAUUUCGUGUGCACUUUUAUUUGUUUCAUUUCUCAUUACGUUAAUUUCAUCAUGCGCCUUGAAACGGGCACUUCUUGAAUGGGCAGAAUGUCCCAAAUUCGUGCCGCUGAUUCUGACACAUAAGACCGGGUAUUUUUGUUGACGGAGUUCGAGCUGAAUGUAAAAAAUGUCUGGAAAAGUUAAAGUUCCUGGGGAAUGGAAGAAGCGUGUAAAGUCUGAGUACAUGCGUCUUCGCCAAGCGAAGAGGCAUAAAAGAGCAGACGAAGUUAAAGUUGCCUGGAAUGUCAAUCGAAAGGCUUUGACAGAUGGAUUAGCAGAAGAAAACAAGCGGUGGCUUCAGGGCAAAGCAAUAUGGACGUGGCAGCAAGAAGCGCCUGCUCAUGCUGCCUGCAUGAAGAAGUCCGAAAUCGUUGGACUGGAUGGAGAGACACAGUCAUGCCCCAUCAAAAUAAUAAACUCUGUAACUCCGAUACCUACCAUGUACACUUGGGCACCAAUUCAACAAAAUUUUAUGGUGGAGGAUGAGACAGUUCUACAUAAUAUACCAUACAUGGGUGAUGAAGUUCUCGAUCAAGACGGAACCUUUAUUGAAGAAUUGAUCAAGAACUAUGACGGUAAAGUUCAUGGAGAUCGCGAAACUGGAUUUCUUGAUGACAGCACUCUUGUAGAACUUGUCAAUGCCCUCGUUUCCUAUCAAGUGAAAGAUGAGGAAGAUGAAGCCAAAGGAAAAACUAGUGAAAGCCACAAAAAUAAAGACAAAUUUGAUAAAGAGGGUCCAUCAUCUAGUAAAACUGAUGUUAAAUCUCAAGAAAUGCAAAGUCAAAGCUCUUCUCCAGAGGAUUCAGAGCUCUCAGGAAAGCCUUUACCAUUUCCUAUUGAUAUUAUUUUUCAGGCAAUAUCAAUAUCAUUUCCUGAGAAAGGGACACCUGAACAGCUGCGUGACAAGUUUAUAGAAUUAACAUCACGAAAAGAUCCAAAUGCCCGUCCACCCGAGUGUACUCCGAAUAUUGAUGGUGUUGCAGCUGAGAAUGUUCCUAGAGAACAAACCCUUCAUUCAUUCCAUACUCUAUUCUGUCGAAGGUGUUUCAAAUAUGAUUGUUUCUUACACAGAUUACAAGCAUCUCAUGCGGGACCAAAUGUCAAGAGAAGGAAAGGACCAUUUUUGAAAACAUUUUCAGAGCCAUGUGGACCAAACUGCUACAUGCUGCUGGAGGGAAUGGGUGAAAAGUUGGCAUUAGCAAGAGUUGCUGAAAGGAAACAAGAAAAAGAAGAGGAGGAUGAGAGAUUAAGACAAAAAGAAAAGGAAGACGAGAGGCGCAGACAAAAAGAUGCUGAUCGUCCAUCAGAUGCCUCAUCAACACAGCCAACUGGACCGAAACCUAGAAAGAUACGCAAAUUGAACUCCCUUGAUUCUGCCAAUGAAGUGAGCUCUGAAGAUAGUAAUGACAGUAGCAAAUACAAAGGUAGAGAUGGCCAUGUGCACUCAACUGACAACAGCCAUCCUAGCACCAGCUCACAUCACCAAUCCAGUCACCAUAACUCCCGAAAAUCAACUAACCAUGAUCCUAAUGGCUAUGAACAAACAUAUCAGAAAUCAGCUAAUCCUAUUUUCUCACUGCUGGAUAGAAUUGGAAUUGAUGAGUGUGCAGAAUGGACGGGUUCAGAUCAAUCCCUCUUUCGUGCCCUUCAGAAGGUUUUCCACAACAACUUUUGUGCCAUUGCCCAAAUUAUGCUGACGAAAACGUGCAAACAGGUGUAUGAGUUUGGUCAGAAAGAAGCUGCUGAUAUUCCAGCUGAGGAAUCUGUUCGAGAUUCCACUCCUCCUCGCAAGAAGAAGAAGAAGCAUCGCUUAUGGUCUGUUCAUUGCCGAAAGAUACAGAUGAAGAAAGACUCUGGUUCUAAUCAUGUCACCAAUUACACACCGUGUGACCACCCUGAUCAACCAUGUGACAUGACAUGUCCAUGUGCUGGAAAUGGCAACUUUUGUGAGAAGUUCUGUCAGUGCAGCUCUGAAUGUCAAAAUAGGUUCCCUGGCUGUCGUUGCAAAGCACAGUGCAACACAAAACAGUGCCCGUGCUAUCUAGCAGUGAGGGAAUGUGACCCUGAUCUCUGUCAGACUUGUGGCGCAGACCAAUUUGAUGUUUCUCGUAUCACUUGCAAGAAUGUCAGUGUACAAAGAGCCCAACACAAGCAUCUGUUGAUGGCUCCUUCAGAGAUAGCAGGUUGGGGCAUCUUUUUGAAAGAAUCUGCAAUGAAAAAUGAGUUUAUAUCAGAAUAUUGUGGAGAGGUUAUUUCACAAGAUGAAGCUGAUCGGCGUGGCAAAGUCUAUGACAAGUACAUGUGCAGCUUCCUGUUUAACUUGAAUAAUGAUUUUGUUGUUGAUGCGACACGUAAAGGAAACAAAAUCCGAUUUGCCAAUCACUCCAUUAACCCAAAUUGUUAUGCCAAAGUAAUGAUGGUGAAUGGUGAUCAUCGGAUUGGAAUCUUUGCUAAAAGGGCUAUUUUGCCAGGGGAGGAGUUGUUCUUUGACUACAGAUAUGGACCAACAGAGCAACUGAAAUUCGUAGGAAUUGAACGAGAAAUGGAGUUCCUGUAAUUUUCUAAUGAUUUUGUCUUUUUAAUUUUGUGUAACGUACUUUUACAAUCACUGCCAGAUUAGUGCCUCAGCAUAACUGAAGUAUCAUCUCAUUCAUUACUCAACACUUUUAUUUGAUUCAUGUAUUUUGUUGUUGUUUGAGACUCAGGAUUGACUGAAAUUGUAAGAUGUUUUUAAGAUACUGUCUUAACAUCUCUGAUCAUGUCUGCAAAAAAUGAAUUAAGUCCAAACCAAACUUUAUAAUAUUUAGACCAACCAUAUGUUUUCUUUUUUUAAUUGUUCAGACUGCAUUUGGAGACUUUUAUGUUUUUGUAACGGUGUAGUAUUUCUUACUUAUAGCCGUUUUAUUUGUGUAGUAUUUCCAACUUUUGACUGCCUUAUUGUGAUACUUAAAAUUGUUCAUUCUUGAUUUAAUGAUUUCCAUCACUCCCAUCAACUUUUAAGAUUAUAAGCAACCUUAUUACUUGUAUGAUUGUUGUCAUUGUUUAAAUCUGUGACAUCAUCGGAAACUUCUAUGUUAUUUAGAUGUUUCAUAAAUGUCUUUCCACCACAAG